AUGCGCCGUGCCAGCUCAGCUGACAGCAGCAGCAGCAGGAGUCAGAUGAUCAUGGCAGACUCUGGAAGUAGCGAAGAGGUAGCUGUGAUUUGCAACACCGACAUCACGUCAACGGAGUCGGAGAACAACAUAAUAAACACGAUGGUGGAGAGAGGCACGGCUCUGCUGAAGAAAAUGGAGAUAAGCGUGGCAGAGGCGGAUAAGAGGACGGGGAAGAACACGGUCAAUAUGCAAGAAACCUACACCGUCUACCUCAUAGAGACACGGCCGGCUGAAACGGUCUCAGAAGGAGGGGUGCCACCUGCACCGGACACUUUGUGGAGACGCUACAGUGAGUUUGAGCUUCUCAGAACGUACCUCCUGGUCACGUACCCCUACGUCAUCAUCCCUCCGCUGCCAGAGAAAAGGGCAGAGUUUGUGUGGCACAAGCUUUCAGCGGAUAACCUCGACCCAGAUUUUGUAGAGCGGCGGAGAGUUGGUCUGGAAAACUUCCUGCUGCGUGUUGCAUCGCAUCCUGUUCUGUCUAAUGACAACAUUUUCUUCCUCUUCCUCACAGAGGAAAAGGGAUGGAGGGAAGCAGUUCUCGAGACAGGUUUCCAAGACAAGGUGGACUCCAGAUUAAAGUCAUUAAGUGCCAUGUUCAGAGUCAAGAAUCCUGACAAGAGAUUCACGGCUCUGAAACACUACAGUGAUGAUUUGAGCACGGUCAUCUCUCAGUUACUCAGGAUCAGAGCGCGAGUGGCGGACAGACUGUAUGGAGUUUAUAAAGUCCAUGCCAACUACGGCAGAGUUUUCAGUGAGUGGAGUGCAAUAGAAAAAGAAAUGGGGGAUGGAUUGCAGAGUGCUGGCCACCACAUGGACACGUAUGCUGCAUCAAUAGACGACAUUCUUGAAGAGGAGGAGCACUAUGCAGACCAACUGAAGGAGUACCUCUUCUACACUGACGCUGUCAGGUCAGUCUGCAAAAAACACGAGUUGGUCCAGUACGAGCUGGAGAUGGCAGCACAGGACCUAACCUACAAGAAGCAACAGAAAGAAGAGCUGGCAACUGGCACGGUGCGAAUCUUUUCUCUGAAAGGAAUGACUAGUAAAUUAUUUGGCCAAGAGACUCAGGAGCAGAGGGAGAGCAAGGUGGCAGCCCUGGAGCAAAGUAUCCAGGAGGGAGAAGAUGCUCUCAAAGAGAAGAACGCCGAGAGCCAAGAGUUUGUGGAAAAAGCGUGGACGGACAUUGAGCGGUUCAAGGAGCAGAAGGACAAGGACUUGCGCGAAGCACUGAUCAGCUAUGCCAUCAUGCAGAUCAGCAUGUGUAAGAAGGGAAUACAAGUGUGGUCCAACGCCAAAGAGUGCUUCAAUAAAAUGUGAGCCACCUUAUGUGCCGAUUUCACCAAAAAGAAAAAGCAUCUUUCAAAUAAUACAGACUGGGAUUUUUUCACUGCCUCUUUUUUUUUUUUGCUUUCAAUGUUACUGAUAAUAAUUCUGUCAACUUAUCCGCAUCCUCCUGUGUGAUGAUUGUUUUGUUUUUUAUUAUUGAAAACAUCCAGUUGAGAUGAAGAUGCGUAUUUAAUCGAAUCACCGUUUUGAAUGCUGGUGUCUAAAGCGUUCCUCUGCUGACGUAACCUUCAGACUGCAGGCGAUCCAGACGUUCCGCUCUCAUUCUUAGUAGCACAUUUACCAGCAUGACCAAGUGGAAAGUUUGGCACAAACUGUGCAAAAUUCCUCUUUUUUUUUUUUUUUUUUUUUUUUUUUUUUUUUCUCAUCUGAAAGGAUGAAAGGAUUUCACAUGAGAAGGUUCUUCAUGUAUGCAACUCAAAUUCGUGUCACCUGUGGAGCUCCUAAUUAUUAGUUGACAAAACUGCCUGUACUUGCACUUGCAUCACUACUAUGUGGCUUUUUUGGUUUAGGUAAAACCUGCAAAAAAAAAUACAUAAAGCUGUUUCUGAACUCCUUUUUUAAAUGUUAAGAACAGUUUUGAAUAAUAUCCAAGAGUUUGGUGACUGGCCAAAGAUCUUUUUUUUUUUUUUUUUUUUUUUCUUUUUAAAGCAAUCUGCCUCAACAAUAGACUCAGAAAACCACUACAUCACCAGAUCUCCUUUAGCGUUGACUUUCACGUCAUGCUGAACGUAGUACUUCUGGUACUGUUAAUUAAGAGCUGACCAGUAUUGCGAUGACCAAGUGCCUUUAAGGUACAGCCGACAGGCGGAGAGUAUAAAACUGAUAUUCACUUCUUACUGUUUUUUUUUUCUAAGAGAAAGAAGCAAAGAAUAUGAUCAGCCAAAGGUACAACCCUUAUCGCCAUUGGCGUGUUUACCUGCCUUGUGUGCUUUAACCUGUGUGAAAAGCAGCACGUGUGUGAAUUCAUAGCGCCGCCUUUUCUUUACUGUCGACCUUUACCGCCUAAACAAAACAAGUGGUGUUCGGCAACAAUGUCCAAGAAAAACCUGUUGGCCUUUUUAUACCAAACGUCUAUGUGCCUCACCACUGUUUCUUUUUUUAGUUUUUUUUUCUUCUGAUGUGACCAAAACACAGCAACUCAUAAAUCAAAUCUUCACUGUUGGAUGUCUUAUUAACCAAGCAACCAUUUCAUUGUAACAGUUGAGAGGGAGAGGGAUUUGGUGCCAAAUGGAUCUGACAUCUGAAUGUUGUGCUGAGAACCGUAGCAAAUCUCGUUUUUUUUUUUUCUUUUUUUUUUUUCCAAGAUGUACUGUUUACUGAAAUGUUCUCACGCUGAGACAUUUUUUUUUUUUUUUUUAUGGUAAAUGACUCAAAUGUAAUUAUUGUACUAAAACUCUAAUUAAAAGCAUCCUUUUGAUUCA